AUGGGAAAGAACAACAAAAGCUCGAAGGGCUCCGGCGACAAAGCUGAAGGCGGCAAGGCAAAGGCUGGAGCGCAGCUCAUCAACGUUCGCCACAUUUUGUGUGAGAAGCACGCAAAGAAGGAAGAAGCACUGGGCAAGAUCAACGAUGGAGUGAAGUUCGACGAGGUUGCCCGCAACUAUUCCGAGGACAAGGCCAGGGCUGGUGAGUUCACCUUUGUGUGCACGAAGAACAAAUUUAACAAGAUUAAAGGCGGUUCCCUGGGAUGGAAAGCCAAGGGCGAUCUCGACCCCAAGUUUGAGGAGGUCGCAUUCGCUCUCGAACCCAGUUCGACCAGUAGCCCUAAGAUCGCAGAGGUCAAAACUGAGUUCGGAUACCACAUCAUCAUGGUGGAAGGGCGCAAGUAG